ACCACUCCUCUUGCGUCCCGGUUAAGCCUCCUCUCUCAUAUCGAUGCAAGGAGAGGAAACGCACGUUUCAUUUCAUUCGUAAGUAGUCCUCCAGUAACCUCACCAAGAAGGACAUCGACAUUUUUCGUGGAGGACAGAGGACUUAACCCGUGCUUGCCUCGAAAUUCGAUGACGGAAUCACCCAAUGAGCGUAAUCUAUGAAACCCCAAUCAGCCUCAGCCAGCCCGGUUCUUUUUGCGGUGUAUGUGCACCUCGCCUAAACGGGAUUGUAGCCUAUGCGUAAGGAAGAUUAGAAUUGCAUUAUGAACUUGAACACUUUGAUAAAAGUAUGGGGAUCAAUGGCUGGGUGGUCAUCUAUCGGUUUACAAUGAUAUAAAGCGCAUUCCCGCAGCAGCUUGAUCAAUAGCCUAUCAUCUCCUGAAAUCUGCUCUUAGAAUAGGAAUACAAUUGUAUGAUUUGUUAACAGUCUAGCGUAUAUGGUCAGCAUGUGGACGCUCAUUUGUUCUGUCUUGAAAGAGACCCGUUCAUUCCUUGCCACUGGAAGGCACACUGAAACCGCACCAUGGUUCGAUGCUCCUUGAAUAGGCUACUCACCCCUGCAUAGACCUGCUACAGAAGGCUACGGCCCGGUGUUGGAAUUACAAUUGGAUUCAAAGAAAUUCUGGAAAACAAUCCAAUGGACAAUUACUCACAUCUAUAACUGCAGUGUCUGGAGAUGACAACUAAGAGGAAGAUCAUUGGGCGCCUGGUGCCGUGCCGGUGCUUCCGGGGUGAGGAAGAGGUCAUCUCAGUGCUGGACUACUCCCACUGCAGUCUGCAGCAGGUGCCCAAGGAGAUCUUCAGCUUCGAGCGCACGCUGGAGGAGCUCUACCUGGACGCCAACCAGAUCGAUGAGCUGCCCAAGCAACUAUUUAACUGUCAGGCUCUCCGUAAACUGAGCAUACCUGACAAUGACCUGUCAAACCUGCCAACCACCAUAGCCAGCCUUGUAAACCUGAGGGAGUUGGACAUCAGUAAAAACGGUAUUCAAGAGUUCCCAGACAACAUUAAAUGCUGUAAAUGCCUAUCUGUUGUGGAGGCCAGUGUAAAUCCUAUUGCCAAGCUCCCAGAGGGCUUCACCCAGCUCCUCAACCUGACACAGCUCUUCUUAAACGAUGCCUUUCUGGAAUACCUCCCCGCCAACUUUGGGAGACUUUCCAAGUUACGGAUCCUGGAACUGCGAGAGAACCACCUGAAAACGAUGCCAAAGUCAAUACACAGACUGUCACAGCUGGAGCGAUUAGACUUGGGAAGCAAUGAAUUCACUGAACUGCCUGAAGUCCUGGAGCAGAUCCAUAACCUAAAGGAGCUAUGGAUGGACAACAACUCACUGCAGACAAUACCUGGGUGUAUAGGGAAGCUGAGGCAUCUGCGCUACCUGGACCUGGCUAAAAACAGGAUUGAAAGCCUGGACACUGACAUCUCUGGCUGUGAGUCCCUAGAGGACCUCCUGCUCUCCUCCAACAUGCUGCAGCAUCUGCCUGACACCAUAGGAAUGUUGAAAAAACUCACAACAUUAAAAGUGGAUGACAACCAGCUCACCUCACUGCCUAACACCAUUGGAAGUGGACGCGCCAAAUUAGGUUUAUCGCUUUUAGAGGAGUUUGACUGCAGCUGUAAUGAAUUGGAGUCCCUCCCCCCAACCAUUGGCUACCUGCAUAACCUCCGCACGUUUUCUGCUGAUGAGAACUUCCUUGUUGAACUACCCAGGGAGAUUGGGAACUGCAAGAAUGUGACAGUCAUGUCGUUGCGCUCCAAUAAACUGGAGUUUCUACCUGACGAGAUUGGGCAGAUGACCAAGCUACAUGUUCUCAAUUUAAGCGACAAUAGAUUAAAAAACCUUCCGUACACUUUCACAAAACUAAAAGAUCUUGCUGCUCUUUGGCUAUCAGACAAUCAGUCCAAGGCCCUGAUCCCUCUCCAGACCGAGGCCCAUCCAGAGACCAAGCAGAGGGUCCUCACCAACUACAUGUUCCCUCAGCAACCACGACAUGAUGAGGACUACCAGUCAGACAGUGACAGUUUCAACCCCACCUUAUGGGAGGAGCAGCGUCAGCAGAGGAUGACUGUGGCCUUUGAGUUCGAGGAGAAGAAGGAGGAAGAGGACAACUCUGGAAAAGUCAAGGUUGAGAUCAAUCUGAAGCGCUACCCUACACCGUACCCAGAGGAUCUGAAGAACAUGGUGAAGUCAGUGCAGAACAUGGUGGGCAAGAACCAGCAUCCCCUCAGCACUAACUGCUCUGGUACCAAUAUGGAGUCACGAAAACAAGAACAGUAUGAGCCCCCCUGGCCCAUGCCCCCCAAAGAGGUGAUGGAGAGAGAGAUGAAAGAAAGAGAAAGAGAGUUCAACAAGACUCAGAUGACAGAGCAGGGCGUAAUCCACAACUCUGCCAUCGACAUCCCAAAGCGCAAGGACAAGGAGGAUCUGACUGAGAGCUCAGAGAUUUCUUUACAUCGCGUGGUUCCCAAGCUGCCACAGCCAGAGAAUACAUCAUCGGCCGUUACAGCUUCUUCCUGUUUCUGCCUCAUAGAUUCUAUGGGCGGCUCUCCAAAUGACAUCCGUAUCUCUGAUAUGAGGCCCACCCUGGUGGAACCACCCAUGUACAAACCAAAAGUUGUAUUACUGGGGAAAGACAAGAAAGAAUCUAUAGAUGAGUCAGACCCAGACAAGAUGCAUUGCCUGAACAACAGUGGCUCGUCGGCCACCUACUCAGACUACUCUCCGUCCCAGGGUUCUUCUGGCUCCUCCAACCCCCCGGGGAACGGGGCCACCCUGCAGGCUGCUGGGAAGGAUGGAGGAGUGCCUCAACAACACUGGACCAACAGGCUGGCCCAGCAGUUCCCCAAGCCGAUCGAGACCAAGCCCCUACUGAGUCAGAGAGACCCCAGAGAGACCCCUCCCUCCAGCACACUGCAGCAGCGCAGCGAGCGGCGCCCCCUCAGCGACACCUUUGAUCAGUGGAACGACUCCUCCCACUAUGACAACACAGGCUUCGUGUCUGAAGAGGCUCCUCUGGAGACUCCCAGUGGUAGCAGCAGUGGUAACCCCAUGCUGGGCUCCAAGUCCUGCAGCGCCUCCACCUCCCAUGGGGGCCGCCGGCCCCUCAUGAGGCAGGAGCGCAUCGUGGGCAUCCCCCUGGAGCUGCAGGAUGCCCCUCAUCAACACCCCUCCCACCAAUUCCAUAAUGUCCGCAACACGCCCGAAACUGAAGUAUCUCAGCCUCCCCCUACCAACCCGUGGCAGAACUGGACGAGGACGCCCAGUCCCUUCGAGGACCGCACAGCUUUCCCCUCCAAACUGAGCUCCCCAGGCAACAGCCCCAAUCCUGACCGCAACGACUUUGAGCAGGAGAUGCAUCAUGGAGAGCUGCCGGGCACGUUCCCCUCCAGAGGAACGUGGGGUUACCUAGACUCCAGGAACUCUGGGCAGGGGCGCAGCAGCCAGCAGGCCAACAUGUACCAACAUGUCCAAUCCAAGCCCACUAGACCAAGCUCUGGGGCCAUGGUGAUGAGCAAGAGCUCUGAGCGCCUCUCUCCCAUGAUGAAGGAGGUGAAGGCUAAGUUCAAGAAGUCCCAGAGCAUCGAUGAGAUAGACAUGGGCUCCUACAAUGUGUACAGUAUUCCCGUGGACACCUACAGCUCCAGCAUAGAGAAUCAGGGGAGUGUUGACCGUCCAGACAUGCCGGGCCCCAUGGAGCAGAGCAUGUCCCGGAGCCAGUCUGCCCCCAUGCUGGACGAUGAUGAUGCCUACGGAACUAAUAGCCAGCAGCAGAAGCCUUCCAUCCCCAAGAAGGUCUACCACUUCGACCAGAGUUUCAACCCUCAGGGGGCUAUGGAUAUGAGGAAUCAGCAGCAGGAGAGGAGGCCCCCUCCACCCUUCCCCAACACCCCUGAGUACGUCAACCAUCCGGGGAAGACCCUGCCCAAGGAGCUGGUGAGCCCGAGGGGCUACCGGGGUUACCCUCCCACGGACCAGAUGUUCUCCUACUCUCAGCCCUCUGUCAACGAGGAGAACCAGCCGCCCCAGCAGCAGCAACCCUUCCCCAUCCCCAGUCAGCGCUCCCGGCCUGGGUUCCUGAGGCGGGCCGACUCCCUGGUCAGCUCCACAGAGCUGGCCCUGUUCCGCAGGGUUCAGGAGGCCCAGGAGAUGCAGCAGAAGUCGGACCACUAUGGCCGGCAGCACUUCAAAGGCAUGCUGGAGCACCAGAACAGUCUGGCCAGCAUGGCCCAGCAGGACCAACAGUACAACAAGAGGAAUGGCAGGUACGAGGAAGACUACUCCUCCUACCAGGAGCCUAAGAAGCCCAUCAUGGGCUACCCCACUAAGAGCCUGACACAGCGGCGGCCUCUGUCGGCCAGAAGUUACAGCACGGAGACGUUCGGGGCGUCCCAGGCCAGGCCUGUGUCUGCCAGACCCACCAUGGCUGCCCUGUUGGAGAAGAUGCCCCCAGAUUAUAAUCUGAGCACUUGCACUGAGAAUAUAAAGAGCCCCGAUGAGAUGAAAAUGCGCACCAUGCAGCUGCAGCAUAAGCCUGACGAUAUGUCCUCUAAGAUGCCAGUAGACUGGAGGCAACAGCUGCUUAGACAUAUAGAGGCCAAACGAUUAGACCGGAGCGCUGUCCUUAAGCACAACACAGUAAACUUCGGCAUGCUGUGCUCUGGAGGCUAUGCUGCACCGCAUGCCAGCAGAAGCAUGACAAUAAACUUUUACAAUAACAUGAAUAAGCAUGAAAACCAAACAACACAGUGGCUACCUCUACCCAAUACCCCCUCUCAACAGAGCAAUAUAUUAGACAACGGCCAGGAGGUGGUCUCUCCCACUACUCAGUGGGCCCCCUACUCACUGGGCAGGAGAGACGUGCCCCCAGAAAACAUAAUGAAAAAGCUUCCUGACUCUUUGCCUAACGGGUUGAAUUACCCACAGGCAGGCGGCCACCACCCCCACCCCCACCAAUCACAGACCAUGAUCGUGACGUCCACGUCGGCCACACCCCCACACCGCUCAGUGCGGGACCAGCAGUAUGAGGGUGCCAUAAACAAGAUCUCCAUCCAGCAGUACCAGUCUCCUCUGCCCAUGGCCACCACCACACGGCCCCAGAGUGCACGCUGCCUCAUCCAGACCAAAGGCCAGAAGAGCAUGGACGACUUCCAGGAGCAGUUCUGUGUGCGGAUAGAGAAGAAUCCAGGUUUAGGGUUCAGCAUCUCAGGGGGAAUCAGUGGCCAAGGGAACCCCUUCAAGCCUUCUGACAUGGGUACAGCCUGAUGGACCGGCCUCCAACCUGCUACAGCCUGGGGACAAAAUACUGAAGGUAACCGUGUUCUUCAUCACCGCAUCGAUCAUCGUUGUCCUCUGAGUCUGUGAGAGCGCAUCCUCCCUCCUCCACAUUGCCUGUAGAGGCUUUGCAUGUGGCAUUUUGUGCUGGACGUACGUGUGUCUACCAAGUGAGCAUGGUCCUCUGUUUUGACCUCUGUCAAACCUCCAACAUGCUUUACUUGUCCCUAAGUCAGACAAAAGGAAUAGUGGUUAUUGUUUCCUAAUAAAGGCCCAGUGGAUCACAUACAAGUAACUUUACUGAUAUGAUAAGAUUCCUAAUGUGAUGUUUUAGAUGCCUGAAAACGAAGUAGUAACCAGCAAUGUAAUGUGCUGGAUGAAUUGGUUUGUAUCUGAAAUACUAGUGAAGGUCAAAGUACAACCUGGACCGUAUCUACAAAGCGUCUAAGAGUAGAAAAUUGGUUGUGCUGAGAAUAGAGACAUUUUACUCCUACUCUUAUGAGUAAAAAUAAAAGCUAUGCAUGAAGCGUCUUUCAUAAGAGUCCCACUUAGUCGCCAGAUAUUUAGGAGACCUCAUGAGCUGUCCUAACAAGUGAAGGCUAACCAGCAGAUGUCUUGAUAAUGGAAAAGUGCAGCACGGCAGCGAGUCAGUAGUUACUAGCUCUGACUUUGCUAAUGGCUACUUUAUUGAGGAAAAAUGUACUUACUAUGACUGUGAUAUGUGGUUUUCCCACCGAGCUAUCUUCAGAUGACAGCUAUCUUCAGUAUGUUGCUCUGGAUAAGAUGCUAAAUGACUAAAAUCCUAAAUGUUCCUGUGCCACAUGUAAUUGCUUUGGAGUGGUUAAAAGAAGAAAUAUCAAAACAUAUCUGAUCAAUCCAUUAGUAAUCUAGACCUAGACUACAUGCAUCAGUUCCCCCUUGUGCUUUUCACAAUGAUUUCACAUGAUAUUCAAACAUUUACAGUAUAACCACUAGACUAAUAAAUAAACAUUUUUUUUCCUUUCGAUUAUUUAAUUAACCUACAUAAUGUUAUUUCAAGUUAUCCCUUUGGAGCACAAUAUCACAUUGGUAAAAAGAUUCCUAAAUUGACCAUGCCUAUCGUUUGGGCAAUUGAAGGCAACUAGGGCCUAUGUUAGCUUUGAUUGUGUUUGAUGAAAAUGAUAGAACCUGACUUGAUGCCUGCUGUGCCAAAGCGAUAUAGAGUUGUUUAACGGGAGUGACGAGUGUGUUGAUAUAACGGUAGUAUUAUAGAAAUUACACUUUUAACAAUUAUCAUAAUUGGUUAAAAAAAGGUUAUGCAGGCCAACAUAUUAGGCAAUAAUUAAGAAUAGGCAAAGUGAUCGUGUCAGGUGAAAAUUAUUUCAAACGUUUACCAUUUCAUGUAGCCUACAGUCACAUUCAACAUUAUUAGAAGUGUGAUAUAGUUCACAACUGGCGAUGCUUCAUCGCGAUUGGUUAUUCCCAAUCAUUUGCAACAAUAUCAAUGAGCGUCAUCACUAUAUUUCCUUUGCGGCACCUCAAACUCUCAUGAUUACCAGCUGAGUGAAACAUUGUAAAUUGAUUAAAUUACUCCUGGCUCAGAGUUUGUCUGAGCAGCGUCUUAACAUCAUUCUAAAACCUAUUCUGAGCUGGGUUUUUUGUUGUUGUCUUAAACCAAUUUUUAAUAGGAUUCCUAGUAUAUUUUCUGAGAUGCUUUGUGGAUACGGCACCUGAUCUCAACUUUUUUGAUAACCUUGAAAGCCCUGCAGCCAUUUUUUCUCAACUAUUUUCUAUAUCUUUCAACUUUGCACUGUGCAGCAAAGAUUGUAUUGGGUCUUCUCUUCUACUUCAGUAUCAUCAGAUCCCUGAGUCAGAUCCCUGAGUAAACCUUUUAGGAAGAGCAAAAGAGCUCUUCCACCCCAUGUGAUAAGACACAAAUUACACACUGAUGUGGUGUUGUAUUUAGCUUAGGUAGAGGGCUGUUAUUUUAAAGGGAACUCACCAUCACACAUACAGUACAUAGGAUUGACGCUGUCAAAGUAAGUGUUUACCAUAGUGCAGAGAGGGAACUGUACCCCUUGUAGAUUGUCAGAUUCCUGGUCCAUGUGAAGCUACUGUCGAGGCUAGUCAAACGCCUGACAGUGAAGCCUACAUGAACAAGCCAGGCUCUCUGUGCCAAUACAGUUUAAUGGGAUUGGAAUAGUCCCUACAGUUAUUGGCAUGUCUCUUGUAUCUGUGUGGCUUUAAAUGUGUGCUAGUAGAAGCCCUCGCCCCUCGCCCACCCGUAGCCUGCAGAAGCAGGAACCUCUCUUCUCUCUCCACAGAUGCAAGUGUUAGCUGAAGGACAUACCUCUAAAGAUCCACUUCUCUCCUCCUUCUCUCCUUUACAGCAUGACCUCCUCCUCUUCCUGUGUGCAUCUCUCUGCUUUGUCUCUCCUCUUUUCCUUGACAGUGUUGUUUGUUUAUCUCCUCUGAGCUAGGGCUGUUCCCAGUCCUCUCCGUGCCGCCCUGCCCCGCCCCGCCCUGCCACGUCUCACUCACGUCACUCUGUUCACCCUCUGCUUAAUUUUUGCAUUGCAGGCCAAUGGACAUAGUUUUUUACACAUGGAACAUGAAACUGCUGUGUCUCUUCUGAAGAAUUUCCAGAAAACUGUGGACUUAGUAAUCUUGAGGGAGAGCACAAUUUAAAUAUUUUUUAUAACACCAUUGCUUCUCUCCCAAACGGGUUGUGGAAAUGUAUACAACCGGUUUUUAUCUAGGAACAGUGACAUUUGCCGAUUGCUGGACCAAUGGCAAAUACUAGUGCCAAAUGUACUAUAGGAUACAUAUCUUAUAACCUAUCUAUGAAUUUUAUGUAAACAGGAAUUGUAUCUCUUGAGUUGAUGUGAAGGAAAGUCAUUUUUGUCAUUCAGCCUGAGGCAAUUUUCUUAGUUUUUAUUUGGACAUUUUUGUGUAUUUAUAUUGCCUUUUAUUUUGUACCUUUUUCAUUGUAGCUUCUCAUUUUACUCUCAGAGCAUGAAAACACACUAGCUCUUUAGGAAUCUAAUCACCAUAAACACUGCCUCAACUUUGUAUAUGCCGUGGGUAAAUAUUUUCAUUUACAAUAAAGACAUGAACAGUAGCGAGAGGAAUGGUACAGAAAAUACAUGUUUACAAUGUUCUUAAAUUGUUUAAAUGAAAUGAAAAAAAAAAAAAUAUCUACCUUAAUACAGGGCCAAUUUAUCAACAGUUGUUUUUUUUAUUAUUAGAGGUUUUCCCACCGGUUUAUUUCAUUAAUGUAUUAACACUAUAUUGAUUGUUAUACCCAACCAGUCACUACAUUCUAUUAGGUAGAUUUUUGGUAGUUGGUCAAUAAUGUAUAUGUUUGCACAAAUUAGCUACAUUUUAAAAGUAGAAGCAAUAUUCAAUCCCACAUCUGAGAGUAUUUUAGAUUACAAGACUACCCUAGAGGACCAUCUGCUGGCUACAUUAUGUGUUUACACGUAUGUACUGCAAUUGCGCCAAGGAGUAUGUAAUGUCACAUACCCCCAUAUUCAACUCCUAAAGAAUUUUCAUUCCGAAAAGUUGUAACAUUGUUUCUCAUCUGUUUCUGUUUUUUUUUUAAAAGUUAUUUCCCACUGAUUUGAAGUAAUUUUGCUGAGCUUUUCAGCACCACUCUGUAGAACACAAAUUACUUUCGAUGUCUUCAUUUUAAGCUCAGUUUAUUAUGAUAAUGCACUAUUGGAAAAGUAUUCAUGAGAGAAUUAUGUAUAAUUUUUUUUUAACAAUGCUACUGACCAGAAUAGGCAUUUCACUUUGUUCCAUUUCUGGAUGGAUGUUCAUUUUAAGUUCUGAUGGUACAGCAUGCUUUCAUGGUUAUAAUGGCCUUUGGAUAUGUUUUUUGGAUACAUUCUCUGUGUUUUCAAAUUUUGGGAUCUCUCUCAUAAAGAAGUUUCUCUCAUUGCAAACCGGUGAGGUUUACAAAGAGACAUUAUUAUAUUGUGACAUUUGGUGCCAUUUUAUUACAAUCAAGAACAUAUACCUUAUGAGCCCUAACAAUGUUUCAUUACUAUUUUUUGUCAAAUGUAGCAUCAAUUGUGACAUUCUUGAGCAAAACCAAGCACCGAUAACCCUAUGGAGGGACCCUGGUAGAAUUUGUGCCAAGCUAAGCUGGUACGUUGUACUUUAAUAUCCAGUAAAUUACGAGAUAAAAUAUUCAAGAUAUUGUGAGAAAGUUUGAUAAUAUAAUUAUUUUUACUAAAUGUUUUCAGGUUAUUAUUCAGAAUAUAUUGAUAUACCUUAGCUUUGCUCAAAUUGCGAGAUUUUAUAAGGACAAUGAAAAAGUAUGGGUGAAGUACUUAUGACUUGGAGAAUAAAAGCUGUACUAUCAAAUGUAUAAAACCAUAUUUCUACAGUAAUUGUGAAUUUGUGUUAUACAAAUAUAUUAUAUAUAUGAAUAAAAAAAUAGUCAUUUUUGUAUAUGUUUAAAAUACAAUUAAAUAUAAAGUGAAUAUAUGGUACUAUUCUGUCUAAUUGCGGUGUUGAUGUAAAUAAUGGUGACUGAAAACAAAUUGAGAUAAUGUAUUCAUAUAGAUUGUGAAUGUACUCCAAGCUUUUGCAGUAUGAAGAGUAACUGGACUUGAAUGCUGCUUCAUUUUUGUGCAAAAAGUAAUUUUAACUAUUGAAAGAGAAUAAUUCUGUUUAGUUGGACAGAUUUAGUGACAGUUUAUUAUACUAUUUAUUUGCACAUGCAAGUUCAAUCCUUCCAUGCUUUUUAUGUAUUAACACAAAGAUUGGUGAAGUGUGUGUGUGUGUGUGUGUUAUAUAUAUAUAUAUAUAGCACCAGUCAAAAGUUUGGACACACCUACUCAUUCGUGGGUUUUU